AUGCAAACUGAAACAAACUCAGUGACGUUACUCGAUUCACUAAGAUGUCCAAUUACACAUGAAUUAUUUCGAGAUCCUGUCAUUGGUGCUGAUGGUCAUACAUAUGAACGAAAAAAUAUUACAGCAUGGAUUCAAAAACAUGCUACAAGUCCAAUCACACGUGAAUCAAUGGACUUAAAUUCAUUAAGACCAAAUUACGUUGUAAAAAAGAUGGUGGACGAAUUUUUAUCAUUGUCAUCACAAAAAAAAUAUCAUUUUCAUCUUGAUGUUGAUGUAUGUAAAACUAGAGAACGACCAAUGUUUCAAAGUUCGAGUAAAACAAUUUAUGAAGCAAAAUGGAUGUUAAAACAUGGACCACCUAUAGUAUUAAUUAAAAUUGAUGGAGCUAGAGCAAAAUGUGAAGCUAGCUUUUAUGUGCAACUUAGCUGUCAUCCACAUAUUGUUCGAACUUAUGGAUUAGUUGAUAGUGAUUCAUCGAAUAGUAUUAUAUUGGUUCAAGAAUAUGCACCUAAAGGUGAUCUCAGACAACUUUUACGGAAUAAUAAUUUUCAACCGACGUUUGACGUUUUACUUGAAAUUUUUUGGGAAAUUUGCGAUGCUAUGAUUUGUUUAGCAGAUAAUCAAAUAGUUCAUGGUGACUUAGCAUGCCGUAAUGUACUUGUUUUUCGAUCGAGUUCCAAUCAGCCUACAGAAAUAUUAGUUAAACUAACUGAUUUUGGACUUACUCGAGCUAGUCCACUUUUUUCAGUAUUUGACUCACCGACAUCAUCUGCAAUGACAAUGAUUCCAGUUCGUUAUGCUGCCCCUGAAAUACUCUGUGAUACUUCUUCGACUAGUAACUAUUCAGAAAAGUCAGAUGUCUAUUCUUUUGGUGUUCUUAUGUGGGAAGCAUGCUCAGGAGGUGCAAUACCUUAUGGAGAUUUAAAAACAAGUGAUAAUGUGUAUCAAGAAAGAUUAAAAGGAAAAUUACUUGAACGACCAUAUAUGUGUUCUAGUGAACUUUGGAAUAUUAUUGAAAAUUGUACACAACAAGAACCGAAUAAGAGACCUAAUUUCAAAGCUAUUCAAGAAGAUUUACUGAGAUUACGAUAUCAAAAUAAAACAGAUUCCUUCAAUAGAAUAUCUGUAGUACAAGUAAGAGAUAUAAUAACUGCUACUAAAUUACCACCUUUAGAAAUAACAUCGUGUCCAAAUUGUGAAAAUAUGAUUCCCUUGAAUAUGUUUAAGAUUCAUCAGAACACUUGUGAUAAAAAAUCGACUUACCUUUAUAAUAUGUCUCAAGUUUCUUCACAAGGACCAUCAACAGAGAGUUAUGGAACUUUCAAUUAUUUAAAACCUGUACCACUACUAUGUCCAAAGACUGAAGACAAUUUCUACGAAAAUAUGCCAAUAAAAGAUGACCAAAUACAAAAUUUAACAUCAGCAGGUAUGAUAAAAACAAGUGAAAUACGUUUCGAUAUAAUUAGCUAG